CAACCAGACGGAGCCGCCACUGCGGAGCUCCAGCCCAGCUCCCUGAGCAUCCGCCCGGCGCCCCUCGGUAUCCAGGCUGCGCCAUGGCCAAGGCCACCGACGUCUGGUCCGACCUCGUCCUCGUCUUCUGGUUCGCCUGCCUCCUGCCCUUGGGUCCGGUGAGGGUGGCCGCAGGUCUCUAUAAUCUUAGUCUUACUACUGAUGGCCCUGCUACCGUGGGCACCGAAGUGACCAUCUCAGCCAGCCUGAUGGUCAAGGACAAUGGCAGCCUGCUCCUGCCUGCAGAUAACCACCUCUACCGUUUCCACUGGAUCCACACACCUCUGACACUCACUGCCAAGACUGAGAAGAAUCUAACCUCGACCAUCCGUGUGUUGGGCAGCGUGCCUGGGGACUUCCCAGUCUCUGUCUGGGUCACUGCUCUCGACUGCUGGAUGUGCAAGCCAUUAGCCAGGAGUACUCUAGUCCUCCCCAUUAAAGAGUCCCUUGUGGGAAACAUAGUCGUUACCCAAAACACCUCCCUGUCUUGGCCGAACUCGUACAUCACCAAGAAAAGUCUUAGGCUGUCCUUUCUUCUCCAUGACCCGAGUGACUUCUUCAAGUCGGCUUCCUUCUUCUACCGAUGGGACUUUGGAGACGGGACCUUGUUGAUAACUGACAACUCUGUGGUGUAUUACAACUAUUCGAGCCCUGGAACCUUCACGGUGAAAGUCAGGGUGGUGGCAGAAUGGGAGCAGAUAGAGCCAGACACCACGAAGGGCAUCAUACAGAAGACCGGCGACUUCUCAGCAUCUUUAAAUCUGCGGGAGUCACUUCAAGGCAUCCAGAUUUCCGGGCCCACCCUCAUGCAGACAUUCCAAAAGCUGACAAUGAAUCUGAACUUCUUCGGGAGCCCACCUCUGCAUGUGUGCUGGGGCCUCAAACCGCAGUGUCUCCCACUGGAGGACAGAGAGUGCCACCCUGUGCUGGUGACCCGGACAUCUUUUAACCUGACCCACCUCUUCCAGGACCCCGGGGACUACUGCUUCAUCUUCCGUGCUGAGAAUGCUAUCAGCAAGGCUCACCAGUACCACAGGAUUCAGGUGUGGCCCUCCAGUUUCCAGCCUUUUGCCUUUGCUUUCCCGUGUGCCACGCUAAUCACCGUGUUGCUGGUUUUUAUCAUGUACAUGACUGUGCGGAGCGCUACUAACCAGAAGGGCAUAGUGGAGAGCCCAGCGACCACUGGGAUCAAGUGUUGCUGCCAGGUGUGCUGCGGGUCUCUCUUUCUAGACAGCCCGUCUGAGUACAUGGAAAUCGUCCGCGAGAACCACGGGCUGCUUCCACCCCUCUACAAACCUGUGAAAACCUACAAUGUGUGAACCCAUCCCUUGCCUCUCAGUAUUCACCGAUCACCCAUUGGGAGCUUUGGGCAGGGUGGCCUAUGCUACUGAGCAGGAGGGGUUUACACAGGUGUGACCAUUUGCCCAGACUGGUCACUGAUCUGUACAGUCCGCCCAGCUGACGUCAUCCGCCCUCUAUGUCAUCUCCCUGCUGUCAUCUAUUCAUCCGUACAGUCUAGUCAGUGCUGUAAGGUGUUCCUAGUCACCCUCCCCCCUCUACCAAGCAGGAUUCUGAUCUUUGGUGUGUUGUGUUAAGACUCUCCCAAGUGGGUCUGGCUGCCCCUUGCCCAUUGCUUACUGGGGAUUCAUGAGGCCUCUGGUAAUGCAGUUCUGCCCAAGCCAGAAGGAACGAGGAAGGAGGUCACAGAUGGUUAAGGAUGGAUAGUGAAAGACAACACGUUCAGAUGCACACGCUCACAGCAAGGAAGGGCACGAAUGGAUGUGACAGAGUACCUCAGAUGAUUUGCUGUGUAUCUGGAAGGCUUGUUGCUGAGAUGGCCUUGAACUAGACCUCAAAGGUGGUGGCCCGAGCCCCGCCUCACCCUCUGUCCUUCGUCAUGUUCCAUGACCAGGCCAUUCUGUUCCCCGCCUGCUUGUUGGAAGCUGGGUGGGGGAUGGGGGCAGAAUGAACACCCUGUGAGUUUAGAAUGCUUUGUAAGUGGACCCUAUUUCAUUUAAACCUGUAAGAUCAAAGUCCACCGAGGGAAAAGUCACUAGAGCAAAUAGGAAGGUUGAGUUAGUGAGGACUUGGGAUAGCAGCCGUAUACUAGUGAGUCUUGAUGUCUGCACGCUCUCUCCCUCUCCCUUUCUCUCUCUGUGUGUGGUGUGACACCUUACCCACUCAGUUACUCCCAAGGUAGCAGAAGAAAAAAGCAGGAAGCAGGGGAUGCCUUGAAAGAUGGUAAGGAGAAGCCUGACGUGGUGGCAUACACCUCUAAUCCCAGCACCUGGGAGGCAAAGGCAGGUAGAUAUCAGAUCAGAGUUCACAGUUGGCCUGGUCUACAUAGUGAGUUCCUGGACAUCCAGAGCCACAUAGGAGUUCCUGUCUCAAAGGAAGGAAGGAAGGAAGGAAGGAAGGAAGGAAGGAAGGAAGGAAGGAAGGAAGGCAGGCAGGCAAGGAAGGAAGGAAUCAUAGUACUUUGGUGUGGAUGUAAGCUUCCAGGCUUACCCAGGUACCCAGCGUACCAGGGCAGCCUGCACCUGCUGGAUAAUGACGAAAAAGUCUGUGAAGGUAGCUCUCUUGUCACUGUAACUGUUGGCCCUUGGACAUCCUGCUGAAAUAGUAUUGUCUCUUGUACCGUUCAUUCCCAUGACAUACUGCCAUUGUUCCUGAAUAAAAGCUUCAUCAAGCACA